CGUGAUUAUUGGGGAUUUCAACACUACUCUGCAUGCGGGUGAGAAAGAUGGGGGUAAUCAAUGGAGUGCAGUGCAAUCCCUUAGACUCCGGGACUUUGUUCAGGAUUUGGGUCUUUUUGACCCAGGGUACCAGGGGGACCCUUUUACUUGGACGAACAAAAGAAUGGGGGCGGCCUGUGUACGUGAGAGGCUGGAUCGGGCUCUUUGCUCCCAUGCGUGGCAGGACCGGUUUCCGGAAACUCUGGUUAAACAUUUUACUGAUCUGGGUUCCGAUCAUCGGGCUCUCCUGUUAUCAGAUAAACCGUACAUUCGCCAUAGUCGCCCUCUAUUCCGAUUUGAUGCUCGAUGGGCAGAUAAUCCUGAGGUCAAAGCUAUGGUGGCUUACGUAUGGCAAGAGCCUAUAGAAGGGACGCCCAUGUUUCGCCUUUGGGAACGGCUUAAAAGGCUCCGUCACCUUUUGUAUGACUGGAGUAGGGCUGGGACCACGAAUUCGCUUCGGAAUAUCCGUACACUUCAGGCUGAAAUUGAAAGACUCAAGGGUAUCCACCCGAUUAACUGGGCUGUGAUUCAUGAGCUGGAAUUUGAUCUUAAUAGGCAAUGGGAGGCAGAGGAGGUCUACUGGCAACAAAAAUCCCGGGUGCUUUGGCUCAAGAAGGGUGACCAGAAUACCUCCUACUUCCACACAGUAACGAGAACCCGUCGCAAGAGAAACUUUGUGGCGGGUCUCCGAACGGAGAGCGGGGAGUGGAUCAUUGAGGAGAAGGGUAAAGCGGAGGUAGCAAUAAAUUUUUAUCGCCACCUCUUUACGUCAGAAGAUCAGGUCCCCAAUAUGAAAGAUCGUGUGUACGCCUUGCCCAUUGCCCAGAAGGUUACUCCGGGUAUGAAUGAUUCCCUAACAGCAACAGUGCUCCCUGAGGAGGUGCGAAAAACGGUGUUUGCGAUGGGUUCUAAACAGGCCCCGGGAUCAGAUGGGUUUACAGGUAAAUUCUUCAAAGCCUUUUGGGGUAUUGUGGGACCAUCAGUGAUUGACGCAGUUUGCUCGUUUUUUACAACGGGGAAGAUGCUUCGCAGUUUUAAUCACACAUGGCUUACUUUGAUCCCGAAAGUGGAUAAUGUCGAAUCUAUGAGACAGUUAAGACCCAUCAGCCUAUGCCAAUUUGUGUAUAAAGUGAUAACUAAAAUUUUGGCUGAACGGUUGGCUUGUGUUCUACCUAGCAUUGUCUCGGAAGGGCAGAAUGCGUUUAUACGUGAGAGACAAAUUGUAGAGAAUAUCCUCCUCGGACAUGAACUAAUGCACUACCUGAAAACUAAGACUCGGGGGAAGAAAGGGUACAUGGCUCUAAAGGUUGACAUGGAAAAGGCCUAUGAUAGAGUUGAAUGGACUUUUCUUCUAACGGUUUUGGAAAAGAUGGGAUUUAAUGCUGUCUGGCGAGGAUGGAUCGAGGAGUGUCUACGAUCAACGUCAUUUUCAGUAAUGAUGAAUGGUACCCCGGCAGGAUAUUUCACUUCCUCCAGAGGGCUUCGUCAGGGGGAUCCCCUAUCUCCCUUGUUAUUUGUCCUUUGCACGGAGGGGUUUGCGGCUCUCCUUCAGAAGGCGGUCUCAGACAAGAGAUUGAAUGGAGUUAAAGUGGCCCCUAGGGCCCCGAGAAUCUCGCAUUUAUUCUUUGCUGAUGACUCGUAUUUAUUCCUGCGUGGAACCCUCGAAGAAUGUGAAAACCUCAUUGUUGUUUUGAAUGAGUAUGAGGAGUUGAGUGGUCAAAGGGUGAAUUUGGCCAAGUCCGCGGUCUGCUUCAGUCGGAAUGUCUCUGCUCCAGACCAGGAGUUCCUGGCCUCGAUUAUGGGAGUGGGGGCAGUUGGGGUCCAUGACAAGUACCUGGGGCUUCCGUCUCUGAUAGCAAGAUCGAAAAUGGAGACCUUUAGAUAUUUGGAGGAGAAGCUACUCGAGCGGCUCCAGGGAUGGAAACAAAGAACGUUAUCUUGGGCGGCCAAAGAAACCCUGAUCAAAUCGGUAGCCAUGGCUCUACCCUUACACGUAAUGUCCUGUUUCAACCUUCCGCUGUCACUGUGCCGCCUCCUAGAUAAACAUGUGGCCCGGUUCUGGUGGGGGGAUAGUAACGAUCAUACCAGAAUGCGAUGGAUCUCCUGGCGGGACAUGUGUCGGAGUAAGCACGAGGGGGGGAUGGGGUUCAGACGGUUUGAGCAUUUUAAUCAAGCCCUCCUGGCUAAGAUUGGGUGGCGCAUCCUUAAUGAGCCCCAAUCCUUGCUUGCCCAAGUAUACAAAGGGAAGUAUUUUCCCCAUGGGCAUUUCCUCAAUGCAAAGGCUCGCUCUCGACCCUCUUGGGGAUGGCAGAGUAUUUUGCAUGGGCGAAGCCUGCUAGAGAUGGGGCUACGGUGGCAGAUAGGGAAUGGUAGUGCGGUGUCCAUGUUGUACUCUACUUGGGUACCCCAGAACCAAUUUGAGCCCCUCCGGUAUAAUCCCCGGGUCUUGCCAGAAGGAGGGGAACCCCUGGUUUCGGAGCUGAUUUGUCAAGGGGAGGGUCGCUGGUGUGAUGUUAAACUUCGUCAAUGGUUUGAUCCGCCGACCUGUCGAAAUAUUAAGGCUAUUCCUCUCCCACGGGCGAAUGUGGAGGAUAGGCUUAUCUGGCAUGACACGAUGGAUGGGGUCUUUACGGUUAAAUCUGCAUACCAUUUGGCGGUCACCCUGGACAGAAGAAGGGGGCGGUGGAAAGCUAGGGCAGACUUGAUGGAUAGGGCUAGUUGGAUCCGCCUUUGGGAGGCCAACAUUCCACCGAAGUUGAAAGUGUUUGUCUGGCAAAUUUUCAAUCGAAUCCUCCCGACUACUGAAGCAUUGUUGGAGAGAAGGAUUCUGGUUCACCCUCGCUGCCCGGUGUGCUGGGAGGGGACGGAGUCCCUUGAGCAUUUGUUCCUGGAUUGCCGUGUGGCCCGUGAACUCUGGGGAGCAGCGGACCUAGAACAUAUUGGCGAGGGGUUACCCCGGAGCUCUUUUCCGCUAUUCCUGAAAAAGGUGUUGGCACUCAUUCACCAGCCUACGCUGUUUCUGGCUGUAGUGGCCAUCCUCUGGCGAAUCUGGCGAUCUCGUAAUUGGGUGGUGUUUGAAGGCAAGCAGUAUAGUGUGGCGGCACUGAUGCGUCAGUUCUUACAACAGUAUGAGGAAUGGGUGCGCCUCCCGGUGGAUACGUCUGGUAUGGCCCCUGUAGUGCCAGAAACCGACUUUCCAACUCAGGAAGGGGUACCGGGGUUGAUUUGUGGGUGGGAUGGGGCUACCAGAAGAGGAUCGCACUCAGCAGGGGGUGUGGUGCUUAUGGGCCCUAAUCGAGAGAUCCAGAUGGCCAAUGGGUUCCAAUUCCCAGUCAUUGAUGACCCUCUGGUGGUGGAAUUGCUAGCAUUGCGGGAAGCAGUCCGUUGGUGUCUAGGGCAGGGCCUCUCCUGUGUACAAUUUGAAGGGGACGCCAAGGUGGUUAUUGAUAAGAUCAGGCGGGCGGAGGAUAGGGAUGGUAGGGUCGGCACUGUGCUGGAAGAGGUGCUUCAGUAUUUUGAUAGGACUCCAGGUUUUAGUGUUCGGUUUAUUGGUCGGCGUGUCAAUAGGGUAGCCCAUUUGGUGGCUAGAAAGGCCCUGAGUUUGUACCCGGCUAGCAGCCGUUAUUUUGAUUAUCAGACCUGGCUGAACUCCAGGGUGUAACUAUGUUUUGAUCAUUUAUAAGAUUAUCUUUUGUCAAAAAAAAAAAAAAAAGACUAAGCAAAGAGUCUUGAGUUGCCUAGAGCUAACAUCUCAAGUUUUUGUAAUUGGUAAUCUUUAAUUUGAUGAAUUUGAGGUUGAGAGACGACUAAGACUAGUGUGAAAUAGUGAUGUAAUGAUCUAUGUAUAAUUAAAUAAUACUCUUGGUGGUUGAGGGUCGCGUAGCAGUGAAUGAGAGAGUCUAGUUUAGAGGAUAAUAUACACACUAGCUUAUAUUUCGGUCUUGAUCGGUAUUUCGGUAUAUACCGAUCCCAAUCCCGUAAUCGCUAAUACAGAAUAACAAUUGAAACUCAAUCCGAAUCCCAAUCCCACGAAAUAAUACGUGUAUUCGGUAAUACCAAAUAUAGACAAAUUUGGUACGGUAUUCGGUAUAUUCCAAAUACCGGUACCAAACUUCCAGCCCUAGAUGCACCCAUUAAAAAAACUCAAUAAUAUAUCUUUUGGGUUUUAGAAGUUAAAAUUCAAUCCAGUUUAAUAGGUAUUCUCGAGUGCAUGGGUAUCCAUUGGUUCACGAACACAAUCAUAUAUUAUUUCUUCCAACACGCACAUUGUAAUGCUAUAAAAAAACUCUAGAAAUAUAUCUCCAUAAAAACUAUUAACAUUCAUGAAUUAUUUUCAUAAUGCCAUAAAAGACUAAUAACAUUCAUAAAAUUAUUCAGGUCAUCCAUAUUAGAUACAAAAUGACAUCAUUUUCCUUUAAGGGGUGUGGGUCGGAUGAAAAGCAAAUUGGAUUCCAACUCACCAAUUUCAAAAGCGCGGUAAAUCACAUACUCGAUUCAAAACUCGUCAAACACUAAAAUUUUAUCGAGUUUAACCGGCUAGGAUCGGAUGGAUUACCCGUGAGUUGGCCAUCCUUAAUUGUGUGUUUUCUGCAUAUCCCAUUUGAGGCUGGUCCCCUCUUUUCAAGCUUUUGCACCCUGCCCUACACCCAAGGGGAAAUGGGCCUCUAGCUCCAAACACCUUCUUCUUGCCUUUUGGUUGUUUAUUAAUUGCAGGUAAUAUAACAAUUGUGUUAGAUUUAGCUGUCAAUAAACAAGUUUUGCUUCUUUUGAGUAAUGGCUGUGGCCCGCGCCCUAAUUUCCCCUUGCAGUCAGUCAGUCAACCGAUGCUUUGCUGCUGCCAUUACUUGCAAAAUUUAAGGAGCGUUUCAAGCGUUCCCUCCAUGUUUGUUUAAUUUAAUCCCAAAGUGAAGAAGAAAGCAGAGUGGUGAGACAAGGACAAUGGGAGUGAGGAAGGAGAUGACUUUUGUGUCUGCUGAGCUUUUUGUACCAUGAGAUGGCAAACACACACUAAAAAAAAAAAGCUAAAGUCAAACUGCUGUGGCUCCAAACUUUCAACUCCCUCUUCUCCGUGAUAUAUGAUGAUAACUAUAUUAUAUGUUUUUAAUUCUUACAAUUUGAUGUAAAAUUAUUAUCGAAAUUUAUGUAAAUUUUAAAUAAUUAGAAUCGUUGCAUAAGUUAUGGCGACAUGUGAUUCAAUAUAUAUGGCUUGGUGUGUAGGUUUUGAUAGGUAGCGUUCUUCGGUCGAGGCGAGACAGAAUACCAUGAAGACGUGACAUUGGGCUGGCUGACAUGAGGGCUAAAAAUGAACUGUCACGACUGAGUUGGCCUUUUAAAGCCAACAUUGUAUUGUAUGCUGUAAAAAUCCGAUGAUUGCGAAAAAGAAAGAAUACGACAUCAAUUUAUGUGAUUUUUCCGUUCAAAUUGAACAUGACUAGUGCGGGGGAGAGUAGGAAACUCUUCGAGAAGUUUUAUCACUCUUUUCUUCGACUUAGGGUUCAGCUCAUCCGUGGUUCCUACUAAAAGGAUAAUCCAAGUUUGGAAAAUUAAUGAAGUCAAAAUUGUUAUUAAAUCACCUGCAUUAUUUUUGCAAUUAGCAGUCGUCUUGUCAUGGGGUUAAAAAGACAUGGCAAAUGUUCCAACUCGGUUCCCACCUUUCCGUCACUCUUAAUAUUUAUUUGCCUACCCACUUUAUUAAUCCUUCUCUCUCUUACUUUAUUUCAAAAUUUCCUCUCAUCCUUCUCUAACCUUUUCCUCGGCAGGGUAGAUCUCCAAGGGCUGCCGCCGGCAUCUCUGUGUGACCGGCGGUAGCCCGACCCCUUCCCCUUCUGCCUGCUUCCAUUUUCAGCUUCCUUGUAUUUGUUUUCAUGUUUUUCACUCUCUUAUUCCAGGCUUCCAGCUAUUCAGUUUUUCCAGCCAUUUUGGCAUUUCGCUGCCCUGUUCUUGGGUUUUUUUUUUGCUGGGAUUUGCUCUCCUUGGGGGCUGGGUUAUGCAUCUUGGGUUUUCCCUCUGGAUGGUGGAUUUAUCAGCUUGUGUGGUGAAUCGAUUCACUGGUUUUCCCCUUCAUUUUCUUCCCAGGUGGUUUGUUCUGCAUCUUGGUGGGCUAUGGAGGAUGGAUUGCGGUGUCUAGCCCUGCUGCUCGUGGUUUCGGAUAUUUGAUCUGGGGAUUUGGGUUCUUCUUCUUCACUUGACCAAGUCUUGAUGCCUCGUUUUCCCCCCUGCAUCUUCAGCUCGGAGCAUUUCGAUCCUCAAUCUUGUUCACCGCCAUGUAAUCCCUCACCCGAGAUUCACUGUGUUGAGCGUCUUCGAGCGACUCCCAGGAGGCGGCAUAUGACAUUGUGUUCAUUCGUCAUGGACUCGGUCGGAUCGGACGAGCUGAUCGCGCUUGGUGCUACUUUGGUUGAUUUGAUUGCAAGAGAGCUUUCGAUGUUUACUGCUUUUGGUUCAAGUGUUUCAGAUCCAUUGUUGGGAUCCUCUUUCUGUGUUUUGUGCUCUUCUUGUUGUAUCUCUGAAGCACAGAUUGAUGAUCCAUAUGCUUGAUUUUGUCUGUCCUUUGUUCCGAUUUUGGUUUGCUGUGUUGGUUCUCUUGUAAUCGAUCUUUCAAAGUGCAAUGCAAGUAUUCCCUUUGUCAAAAAAAAAAAAAUAUUUAUUUGCCUCAUAAUAAUGAUUCAGUGUAUUA